AUGUUUUUUUCACGACCAAUAUUUUUUGUACUAGGAUUGGUUUUAUUAAAUUCAGUCCACACUCGUAGCAAUAAGGUAUGCGAUUUUAAGGACGUGAGAUGCUUAACAAAUGGCGCAAAUAAUAAUUUAAAGAAAAUGAUUCUGGGAAUCAAAGGCGUAGUCGAGUCAAGCGAUCCAUUACAUUUACCGGAAUGUGAGGGAGAAAUGAAAACUGAAAAAGUUUUAAAGUACAAAAUAAAGAAUGGCACGCUGUCAGGAAUGAAGAGUUGUCGCUAUACAUAUCAUAAAAUGUUUGCCGAAGACUCGACGUACAGGACAGAAUUUUUGUGUGAUCAAUUGGUUUUAAGUCAUUAUUUUGAAGCUAAAGGAUAUAUUGGUCCCGUAGAAAUUGAUGGACAAGGUUAUCUCGAUCUUACAUUAAAUAAUUACGUGCUCAAAUUUAACGGUGAAUUUGGGCAAUUCAUUUCGGAAAAAGAUCAAAAGCCACACUGGACUAUUAAGACUUGUCAUUAUGGAUUUGAACCCAGAGGUAAAGUGGAAGUUGAUAUCAAAUCUGCGGUGCACAGUGACAAAGCUAAAUCUGAUUUGGCUAAGGCUUAUUUGCAACAACAUCCGAAUUUACUAGAAGAAGCAGCACGUUAUCCAGUCUUAGAAAACUACAUGAAAAUAUUCAUUAAGAAUCUUGACACCCAAUUAAGAGCAACCCCUGCCGACGAAAAUGUGAAUGCAGAACAUCAUCGAGAUAAUGCUUUGGGAUUUUUAUCUAGGAUUCUUGGCAAACGCUUUCAAAAUCCGAUAAUAGCAAUUAUUGAUACAGGUUCUACAUUUAAAACACCUCUAAGAACCGUUGAUCUUCAAAAUAAAAAUGUAGAUGAAAAAAAAGCUUUGCUUUAUUUAAAGGACAUAAUACAGUCAACAGGUGAUGAAAAUAAUCCCAACGUGAAGAGAACUAAUGAGAAAUUUGGAAAUGCUCUUCGUACUCGAUGUGAAAAAUACAUUGAAUGUAAAAUAAAAUGUAAAAAGAAGAAGGACCCUUGUGAGAAUAUUUGCCAAAAUAAAUAUGAUGAUCUAAAUGUGUGUGAAACUACCAAAGACAAAUGGCUCACGAAGACCAACAGACAAGUCUAUAACUACCUAAAAAAAAAUCCACCUCAGUACAACAAAAACAAAUUUACUUCUACUAAAGGUCCAAAAUGGGCUGAUUCAGACGAAUGUAAAUCUAGUGAUGAAUGUGAAUCUAGUGAUGAAUGUAAAACUAGUGAUGAAUGUAAGAUCGAAAUUCCUAUCAACUGUGAGUCCAGUGAUAGUUGUAAUUAA